AUGCAAUUGUUCCUAAAGUCACAAGAUACUGGUAUGUGGAGAAUCAUCACAGAUGGAGACUUCAUACCAAGAGUAGAUCAAAACGAUCCAGCAUCGGCUAAAAAGAAAGAAAUAGAUUGGACAACAGAUGAAAAGUCUAAGGUACUCCUAAACUCAAAAGCUCAAUUAUUUAUAUCAUGUGCCUUAAGUAGGGAUGAAAGUGAAAGAGUAGAUGAAUGUGAUACUGCCAAGAAGGUAUGGGACACAUUGCAAAUUCACCAUGAAGGAACAAGCCAUGUUAAGGAAACAAGAAUUGACGUCGGUAUUCGAAAGUUCGAAUUGUUUGAAAUGAAUGAAGGAGAAACAAUCUUCAGCUAA